AUGGACGAGAAGUUCUUACAUGCCCACGAGGCCAUUGCCUUCGCCCGCGAAAACUCGACAUACUACAAGCGUCUAUACCAAUCAGUUCAGAAGGAUGAUCCAGAUCUCGAGGACGUGCCAAUUAUCUACCCAGAUGACUACUGGAACUCAGCAAGAACUGACCUUUCCAGUGUCAUGACCGGACCAUUCACUACCGGGAAUAUUCAUUGUAUAAGCGGACCUACCAACAAGCUUGAGCUUGUACAACUAUCAAGGGGAGAGGAAUUCAAGCUUUCCAGGGCUAAGUCUAUUUUAUGGCAAGAAAUUCUUGAACCUGAGAAAGUAGAGCGUAUUGCCAAUAUUAUGAGCCCCCAUGACCUUCAUAUCGGCUUUUGGGAUACGGUAAACAUAUCCAAUGGAUUGCUUGUCCCAGAGUUAGGAGUCCAACUAUUUAUAUCAAACGAAAAGACAGUGGACAGGAUUAUGGAGGAAGUUGAAAGAUUCCAACCCAACAUUGUAUUCGGAUCACUACCCGACAUCUUUCGUCUUAGCGAGCACCUUGGCGAAGGACAUCACACAUUACCAUCGGUACAAGCCAUACUAUACCUUGGGGAUACCGUACCCAGGGAUAUUAUUCGGUCGUUACAUGCUGGAUUCCCGAAUGCUAGACUCUAUGCACCGCUGUACGACAAACCUCAGCUAGGCCCCCUGGCUUUUCCAGGUGCUAUUCCAAUUAUGAUUGACCGGGAUAUCAACCCGAUAUAUAGGGUAUGCGAUUACGUUGUAGUCAUGGAAAUAGUGACAGAUGACGGUACUGUUAUCAAACAAACUGGUGUCAAAGGAAACAUUAUCAUCACGCAUCUGAUACGUCGCUUGCAACCUCUGAUAAGAUACCCAAUCGGCGACGUUGCGGAAUGGGUAGACUAUGGCUCUCGAAUUUUCAAGUAUUGCGGCAAAGCAUCAACCAAGAUCAAAGUUGCCAACACUAUCUUGGACUGGUCUACAUUGAAGGAUAUCACUAGCGAUGUCAUGAAGACCAAUGUCAGUGGACGAUUCCAAUGUGUCCUGCGCCUCCAAGAUGGCUGUCAAAAGCUUGUUCUCCGGCUGGCAUAUCCGAGGCCGUUAGAAGCGGGAGAAUUUCGCCAUAAGAUUGAAAAGGCACUAUGGAAAACAUCUUCGACGUGGAAAAACGAGCGCCAGGCGGGUGUUAUUUUAUGCCUUCGCUUGGAGUGGGUCGAUGAUAUACUACUUUGUGUUGGGGAAACUGGAGAAUUACUCGAUGUGGUGGAUGAGCGUUAG